GAGAGAGUGAGAGUAGAGAGAGUGAAUAAUCCACGGGCAUUUAUUUUUAGAAGCUCUCUCGGUCGCUACGCACUUCAUGUAGCCUACUACAACACAGCCCAUGUUCUUCUGGUCAAUAAUUGAAACGGGUUUGGUACAUUGGAUUGGAACACAACACCCGAGCGCACAGCGUAAAGACGCGCAGGCCUAUUCCGUAGUGUGAUGUUUCAAGCUAUAUCCGGAAUUUGGAGAUGCCCACCUUUGCCAAUGAGGCAUCACCACUGCUCACGAGGAUCCCUUCCAGAGGAACCGUGUGUCCUGAUCCCAGGCUGCAUGGUCUCGGAAUACCAGGAAAAGUACCCUGCCUACUGCACCACUGUUGUCCGGGCAGCCAAGAAGCAGAAUAAUGAGUAUCAGCGUCUGGAGGGAAGGAUAUCCAACAUGACUACUUUCAAGUCAGACUACGUGGCCCAUGAAGUGACCCAGAGGCCCCCAAAGGUCACCAAGGUGUAUGUGCCACCUGACGGGAGAAUGAGACACAGCAGCACCUACGCCAGGGACUACCCAACACACCCUGUUCAGAAGCACAUCGUGACCAAGCCAGAAGAGUAUCAUCCGCCCACAGCAAAGAUGGUCGCUCAGUCCUUAUACAAAGGGGAAUUCCGAGCAUGGCACAACCAGAAAGUCCAACCCUACAGGACCUGUGACAACCUGAAGCUGAACGACAGCAAGUUCGAGGUGACCACCACCUUCCAAGACGACUACUGCCACAAGGGCCCAGCUGAGGCCAGGGAGAGCUUCAAACCGGCUGCCGACGCCCGAGAGACCCUGCCCUUUGACGGCACCACCAACUACCAGACGCAGUAUGUCCCCCACCCGGUCCAGCCCAGGCAGCCCAAAGAGAGGGCCGUCUACAGGCCCACCAGCGCCCCCCUCAAUGGGGUCUCCACCCACAGGCAGGACUACCGGGGCCUGCCAGCUGAGCCCGCCAAGCCCUUUAGGGCCAAGGUGGCCUGGGAGAGCAGCCCGGCUGUAUUCCAGGGGACCAGUGAGUUCCGCGACCAGUACAAGGCCUGGCCCCUGCAGCCCAAGCACCGGCACCAGGCUGAGGAGUACUGCCCACCCGAGGGCACUAUGGUCGGUCUGUCCACAGCUCAUGCUGACUAUGUCGACCACGAGAGCCAGCAGCGGCCCCAGUCCGCCCGUCCCCCGGUCGAGGCCUGGACAAAGGAGGCCAGAGAGCCCCUCCAGACCAGGUCCACCAUGAAGGAGGACUACCGGACCUGGGACGUGGCCCGUCGUCCCCCCAUGGUCUACGCAGAUGAGCUAGAGAAACCCAAGGGGGCUUUCGCCAACACCACCACCUUCCGCUCAGCAUACACGCCCAAGACGGCCCAGCGCGCCUCCAGCUUUAAACCCACCCAGAAGCUGCUGAGCCCCCAGACCAUGGAUGAAGACUCCAUCUAUCGCUCCACCUACACACCCAAGGAGAUCCCACCUUGUCCAGCCCGGGAUGGCUGUCCUCCUGGCUUUGAGUACAGCUCCAUGGGGGCUGGAGGACACAGGAUGUACCGAACCAUCUCGGUACAGGAAACGGGGCUGAGUCAGCUGGCCGCUGCAACGUCUGAUAAGCCCUCUUACUCCCACAGCAGAAAGAGCUGCAGGGUCCCCAGCCGAGCCAAGAGGGCGCCAUAGAGUCCCGAUCACAAACCUGCACACACACAGAUAGCUAGAGGGGAUUCUUAUAUUUCUAUUCAAAUAUAUUAAUAGACAUUUUAGAUGAAUUCAUCACGAGCACCUCAGGUAUUUUGUAUGGUCACUCACAUAAAAAAAAGCAUAAUCCUGA